AUCGCAAGCCCACAAUGCACUGCGCGAAGUGGCGUUAUUAUUGAAUGUAUCGUCUUAUUUACAACGGUGCCUAUUUAGAAGCGAUUCUUUUUAUUUAUUGCAAAGACUAGAUUCUAGAUUGUUAGCUAGCUAGCUAUAAAGAAUAGCAGGAGUGGUGAAAUAGACGACCCAGUGGCUCAAACAACAACAAAAAUAUGUGCUUGAAAACAACAAACUGAAUGGAUUGCUUCCUGGAAGAUCAUUUACUCCACUGAAAAUGGACGGGUAUAAUCGUGGGAAAGAAAAGCUUAACAUACCAACCGAUUUCACGUCACCAAAUAGUUCUCGGAAACCCCAAGAUGACCUUGUACCUCCCUCUCAUUUUGCAUCAAGUGUCCAUGCUGCUACAUUGGCCACAGGCACACACCCAUGCAUUUCUUGGAUGAAACCGAGUGUCCCCACAGCUCCACCAAAGGAUCCUUGGCUUGGUGGUACUAACACCCAGCGAGAAAUAUUAACACAGAGAAAGGAAAAUCAAUCCACCGUGAUGCUGCAAGGACACAACACAAGAGGAAGGACUCCAGAGGAAAAUGUGUCAGACUUGAGGACGAGAUCCAAAGAAAGAGGCGAUCAGUGGUCCAGAUGGGAAGAAGAGUGGUGUCUGGAGGCAGAAAAGCACAAAGCGGAGCCUGAGCGGUUGAAGGAGCAGAUGGAGGCCCUGAAGGACACUGUGCAGAGAUAUAGGGAAGAGAUUAGAGUCAAAAACGACACCAUAAGCAGGCAAUGUCAUGACCUGGAGACAAUGAAUCGAGAAAUGAGAAAUGUGAGGUCUGAGCAGAGCCAUCUGAAGGAGGAGCUCAUUCACUGCCAUGGACAGAAGGAAAAAAUAAGCUCACAGCUAGAAAGAUUUAAGAAAGAGUCUGAUGAGGAACUGGCUAAAAUAAGGAGUGAAGGGGAAGCUCGGGAGCUCGCCCUUAAGGCCAAAAUGAGUGAGCAGCAAGCAGAGGAGGCCAGAGAACAGUCUUUUAAAAUGAUGGAAAAAAUGCAGCAGAUGCAGAAGAAGCAAGAGGAAGAGCUGCGACAGUUGAACGCCGACCACUGUGUGGAAUUAUGCACGGCCAGAAAAUCAAAUCAUGAACUGCAGAGUAAACUUCAGUCAGUGACGCGGGAAGUUCUGCAGCUGAAAAGCAAUCUCAUGGAGGCAUCUGCAGAGAGAGAUGAGUUGAAAGAACAUUUAAGACAAAUGGAACAAGCAUACGAGACACAAUCAGCGACUCUGCACAGUCUCCGAAAUUACAUUGGCCAGGUUGUCGCGGACAAAGGAGAAAAGGAACAAUUAAAUGAAGCGGUUGAGAGGCUCAACAAAGAGAAAGCAGCAUUGCAGAAAACCACUGAGCUAUUGACUGUCCGAUUGAAUUCCAUGAGUGAGAUAGUCUCCCUCCAAGAAGAGAAGAUGCUGAAGAAAGCCUCGUCAGACCGACUCGCGACACAAAGAGCCGAUGGUCUUCUUGUGCUUCACCUCUGGAGGGAGAAGGUGUUCAAACUCUGCGUCCAGCUUCGUUUGAAAGACAUCGAGCUGAGAGAUGAGAGGGAACAACAUCGUUCAGAGGUGGGACUUGUGGAACAACAGCUGCAAGAGGAGCGGCAUCGCGCAACGGUGCUCCAGCGCAGUCUCGACGCCGGGAUAGCUGAGCUGGACCAGGAGAAAGUGGAAAAGGAGAGUUUGAAGCGGGACUUGGCUCAGGCUUGCAAGGAGACUCAACAACUGAAGGCAAAGAGUCUCAGCUUCGAGGCUGGGCUCAAAAGUACAAUAGAGGCCUUGCAUGGGUUUAGUGUGACAUUUCAUCGUAAAAUAGCAGAAGUGGAUGCAGCACAAGCAAAACUCAAUAGUUUUGGCCCACGGUUGAAUUUUGCCAGAGGCCGAGUGGAAACGGUCCAAGCUUUGUUCAUGAGGAGGGUUGCUCUGCACAAAGUCCAGAAGAACAGUAAGCAAGCAGAGCAGACAGCGGAAAGCAUCAGAAAUUUACAAGAAGAACUCACUUUGGUGUGUCAAGAGAGAAGCAAACUCACACAGGAGCUCAAAAGAACGCCGGAGCUGAUUGACAAAGCACUGAAAGAUAUAAAAGAAGAACAUGAGAAGAAACUGAGGCAGCUACAGGAGGAGCUAGAGAAAAGCCGAGAUGAGCUGCAGAAGGCUGUGUCAGACGGAGAGGAGGUCCGGCGGAACCUGGAGCAGGCCCUGGCUCAACUGAAGUUGAGCAAGGAGACACAGGAGGAGCUUCAAUCUGAACUUCUCAGCCAGAAGGAAAACAGCGAGCAAGCGUGCAUCUUCCACACAGCCCUGCGGGAGCGAGCAUCCGAGAUUGAGAGCCGCUGCGCUGAAAAGCUUAGUGAGAUGGAGAUACAAGUCAGCACAGCGAAAAGAGAACACACCAAAGCAGUUAUGACUUUACGACAGUUUGAAAGAGCGGUGGCGCAGAAACAGAACUACUGGAACGAAAGCCAAAGUGACCACACAAAAAAAGAGGUCCAACGCACGCAACCACAAGAUGCUGAAACAAACCGAAACACACUGCUGACUGCUAUUCCUGAGACAGAGCUGAGGAAUGACUUUCUGCAGAACACAUUUGCCCCCAGAGAACAAGGGGAAAAACCUUUGGAGAGAAGCUGCUUUAUGGGAUCACAACUAGCUCCGGAAAAGAGACUCCUUUCCGUUCUGGAGGAGCUCCGCACGCUCAGUGCUGCAGUGGUAAACAGCUCUGAAGACUCUGCAGAUGAAGAAGAUCGACACAGCGACUUAUUGCACACAGUGAUGAGGCCCCGUCAGUGAACGCAUCUUUAUUUUGAACAGCCAAACCUGAAAGACUUGCACUCACUUGUGGUGCACCUGUCAAACUACACUUCAACAUCUUGCGUGAGCAUCUUUUUUUUUUAAAGUGCCUAAAUAAAAUAAAAUAUUACU